AUUGAAAUAAUCACAGCCAAAAUACACCCAGAUGCUCUCACACACCCAGACGCGCGCGCAUCCUGGGGCCAUAGGACGCACGUGAGCCCACACCCCGCACACCCAUUCCUGCCUCUUGCCCAAGCAUCCUCAGCAGCUGCCACAGAAGCAGCCUUCUCUUUCCUUUCCUCCUCCUCCUCCUACCACCGCCGCCUCUGCCGCUGCGAUCGCCUAUCCCCUUGCAUCCUCCUUCCUCCCCCAGUUCCCAGUUCCAGCUCCUCCUCCCAUCCCCCGCCCCUCCUGCCCAGCGACGAAAGGAAGGCGGAAUCCUCGGCAGCAGCUUCCCUUCUCUCAGGCCAGAAGAGGCUGGAACAGCCCUGUUUUCCAGCCCAUCUGAGCUCCCUUUGAAUCUCAGUUUUGUUCUUCAACAUAUUUGACACUCUGCCAGCUUUGAGUCAUCCUCAGUCGUGCAGGUUUCCUCCAGGAGAGAGCAGCUGAGUCCUUGCAUCUUGUGGCAGCUGGUGAGCCCAGCACUGAGAACAUCAGCACUAAAGCCAGCCUGGCUGGCCCCUUCUCAUGGGCAGUGCUCAUCUGUACUGAGGUCUUGCAGCAGUGGUAGUGCCAGGAGUUGUGAAGUCAGUUAUAACUGAAAAUGUCUGACGGCUUAGAUAACGAAGAAAAACCUCCAGCUCCCCCUCUGAGGAUGAACAGUAACAACCGAGAUUCUUCAGCACUCAACCACAGCUCCAAACCACUUCCCAUGGCCCCAGAAGAGAAGAAUAAGAAAGCCAGGCUUCGCUCUAUCUUCCCAGGAGGAGGGGAUAAAACCAAUAAGAAGAAAGAGAAAGAACGCCCAGAGAUCUCUCUUCCUUCAGACUUUGAGCAUACGAUUCAUGUGGGGUUUGAUGCAGUCACCGGAGAAUUCACUCCAGAUCUCUAUGGCUCACAGAUGUGCCCAGGGAAGCUCCCAGAGGGAAUCCCUGAACAAUGGGCACGAUUACUCCAAACCUCCAACAUAACAAAACUGGAACAGAAGAAGAACCCACAAGCUGUUCUAGAUGUUCUCAAAUUCUAUGAUUCCAAAGAAACUGUCAACAACCAGAAAUACAUGAGUUUCACAUCAGGAGAUAAAAGUGCACAUGGAUACAUAGCAGCACAUCCUUCGAGUACAAAAACAGCCUCUGAGCCUCCUUUGGCUCCUCCUGUAUCUGAAGAAGAAGAUGAAGAAGAGGAGGAAGAGGAAGAUGACAAUGAACCCCCACCAGUUAUUGCACCAAGACCAGAGCAUACAAAAUCAAUCUAUACUCGCUCUGUGGUGGAAUCCAUUGCUUCGCCAGCAGCACCAAAUAAAGAAGUCACACCACCUUCUGCCGAGAAUGCCAAUUCUAGUACUUUAUACAGGAAUACAGACCGACAAAGGAAAAAAUCCAAGAUGACAGAUGAGGAGAUCCUGGAGAAGCUAAGAAGCAUUGUGAGUGUUGGGGACCCAAAGAAAAAAUACACAAGAUUUGAAAAAAUUGGUCAAGGGGCAUCAGGUACUGUUUAUACAGCACUAGACAUUGCCACCGGACAAGAGGUGGCCAUAAAGCAGAUGAACCUUCAACAGCAACCCAAAAAGGAAUUAAUUAUUAAUGAAAUUCUGGUCAUGAGGGAAAAUAAGAACCCCAAUAUUGUCAAUUAUUUAGAUAGCUACUUGGUGGGUGAUGAACUAUGGGUAGUGAUGGAAUACUUGGCUGGUGGAUCUUUGACUGAUGUGGUCACUGAGACCUGUAUGGAUGAAGGACAGAUAGCAGCUGUUUGCAGAGAGUGUCUCCAAGCUUUGGAUUUUUUGCACUCAAACCAAGUGAUCCAUAGAGACAUAAAGAGUGACAAUAUUCUCCUCGGGAUGGAUGGUUCUGUUAAAUUGACCGAUUUUGGGUUCUGUGCCCAGAUCACUCCUGAGCAAAGCAAACGGAGCACUAUGGUGGGGACUCCCUACUGGAUGGCACCUGAAGUGGUGACUCGAAAAGCUUAUGGCCCAAAAGUUGAUAUCUGGUCUCUGGGAAUUAUGGCAAUUGAAAUGGUGGAAGGUGAACCCCCUUACCUUAAUGAAAAUCCACUCAGGGCAUUAUAUCUGAUAGCCACUAAUGGUACUCCAGAGCUCCAGAAUCCUGAGAGACUGUCGGCUGUAUUCCGUGACUUUUUAAAUCGCUGUCUUGAGAUGGAUGUGGAUAGGCGGGGAUCUGCCAAGGAGCUUUUGCAGCAUCCAUUUUUAAAAUUAGCCAAGCCUCUCUCCAGCCUGACUCCUCUGAUUAUCGCUGCAAAGGAAGCAAUUAAGAACAGCAGCCGCUAGAACUGCAAGCCUUACCCCUCACCAUCUCCUUCAUAAGUAAGACUGAACUAAAACUCUGCUGCAGGAAACAUGGAAGAAAAGACAGUCAAAUGGGGUGGGGGUUCUUUAACUUUCAAAUGAAUAGAAACUUCUUAUAAGCCUUUUUCCUACUCCCUCAGAUUAUGUAAUUUAUUUGUAAGCCUGAAAUGCAGCCCACAUAGGGCAGCAAUGUCGAAGUGGCCAUUAAGUGGUCACUUCUACCGUGAAGCGAAAGAGCCAGUAGUGAAUCCCCUCAUUUUGUGCAUUCACUUUGAAGAAAAAAGAUUUCUCAAAGAUGCACACUCCCUCUUCAUAGUGUUGUGUUUGUUCUUAAGUUAGAGAGUAGUCCCUCUUGCAUUCGAACCUCCUUCAAAACCCUUACCCAAUGUGAUGUUUUUCACUUGCACUGUCAUUAGAUGUCCAGAAAAAAGAUGUCAAAAUGUUUUUUUAGAAAAAAUAAGAAAAAAAACAAACAAAAACAAAACAAAAAACCAACAAACAAACAAAAAAUAGAGCAAGUACUGUGUGAACAUGUGUCCAUGCCCUAAUAGAGUUGCAAUUUUUUAUUCUUCUUCUAUAGUGGUGGCUUGGUUUGUGUACCUAUUUUUCUGCAUUUGUAUUGGAAAAAGUUUCUUUUAAGAAUUUUUUCCAAAAGCAGAGAAGAAUAUGCGUUUUCAGGAGGGGCUUUAAAAAUUGUGUAUCUAAAUAAAGCUCAAAUGGUGAAAUCCUGUCACAUAUUCACAAGGAUGCUUGAAAGGUAGUUAGUUGAUUUAUCAUGUAAUCAACUGGUUAAUCUUCUUGGUACCAGAAAAAGGACACACUGAGAUUGUGGCAUUCAUCAUGGGUGAGUCCAAGUCCUGAGCCUAGGAUAUCCUGAAAGAAGAAAGCAUAUUUAAACAAAAAUGGGGCUUUCUCUGAGAGCCAAAAGGAAAAUAAGAUAUGUGUAUAAUAUAGAAAUCCUUGUUUAGCAUUAAGUAAAUCAACAUAAAGAUAAUGAAUUUAAUCCUCUCUUGUGCUUGUGGAACAUAUGCAUUGCAAAGUAGGCAUGUCACGAGGAAAUAGAGCCAUUAACCUACAUUCUUUAUGGUAAAAAUUAUUGAUAUUGACAGUUUCUAAUGCUAGAUUUAAAAAAAAAAGAUCUAGAGAGCAGAGAUAUUAAAGAUUCAGCUGUAUAAGAAAUAGGAUGUUAGUAAAAGCAACAUCACAAUCAAAAUUUGGCUCUAAACACAUGUUUCUGUUUUCUCUAUAUUAUCACCACUUUCCUUUUUAGAAUAUGAUAUAUUUAUACUUUGUUUCUUGGGUUUUAGAUUUCAAAAGUCUGUUCACAAAGAUCUUGUAAUUCCCUAGUGAAAAUAAUUUUGAUUUGAAAUUACAUAUCCCAACAAAUGCUAGUCCAAAUGUUUUCCUUUUGUGGCUUGGGGAAAAUUCCAAAACUUGACUAUCAUUUCACAAUAUAUCUAUUUUUUAUAAUUUCAAUAGGUAAUACUUCCUGACUCUUCUGAGAGUAGAAAAAAAUCUGGAAGGUGUCUGCAUAGAAAAGGAUAUACUUCUCUUUUGAGUGUAUUGCCAGUUUUACAAAUUCUAGAGUGUUGUUUCUCUAAACCUUUGCAAUAAAAAAGGUUUCUUACUUUGUAGAUAUAAAGAAUCUGAAGAGAACAUGUCUACAUUUAGCAAGAGGGCAAAAGAGUUCAAUGAUAUAGGCCUCUCUCCAAUGUGAGGUGCAUCUGUCCACCCAACCAUCCAUUUAUGUAUCCAUCCAUUCAUCCCUUAAAAUUAAGCACUUUCUUUCUAGUACCUGUCAUCAAUAUAAUGCACAUAUUUAUGUUUAGAAGAUUACGCCAAUUGUGGAUUUACUAUUUUCCUACAUUAUAAAAUUAGGGAGGGGCUUUCCCCUUCCCUGAAAAUAUCCACAGUGGGUCAAAAAAUGUGAAAAGAAAAAAAUCAAACAAUAAUAUUAAUUUCAAGCUUAAUAUGUUAUAUUUUGUAGAGAGAUUUCUGAGCCUAAAACUUUUAAUGACACACUGCUCUCUAAUGAGAGAAAGAUGCUUUAAUUUUGAUUUUAUUUAAAAUUAAGAUUUAUUUUUAAAUUUUCAUUCAUAAUGCCAGAGAAUCCAAUGAAAUACCUGGGAUGCAAGUAAAAUUCAAUAGAUUUAUGACUAUGCUCUCCCAGCAUGGGAAGCCCUAGUCAUCAGUUAGCAUCCCUUGCAUGUUGUAAAGGCCAUUUGUUGUUGUUUUAAAUGACCGUGGAGCAGUGGUCCUUCAGAUCUCACUGCAGGCAGAGAAACAGCUGCUCUUUAUGCUUUCAGUUUAUUCCACUAAUAGUGAGGAGCCAGGUACCUGCCUACAACCACAUUGUACCACUAUUUAAUGAAAACAUCCCUCUCGCAAAUUUCUAUUUAUAUUCAUCUUCUGAUAAGAAUUGCUUCUAAUGCCUCUUCCUUGUGUUGGAGAGAUAACUAUAUUUAGAUAUAAAUAUUAGAGAGAAGCAGUUUCUCAUGUCAAAAUGAUGCUUAAGGAUUCACGUUUGGUAUACUUGAACAACUUGAACCCCGGAUGAUUAAUAGUAUAUUAUACCCUCUUCUUGCAUUUUCAAGCUCAACUUAACACAGGUGAGUCUGUCCAGAUCAUUAAUGUUGCUAGAAUUCCCUGAGAUAGUUGAGGACACAAUGUCAACAAAUAUUGAUUCUAAAAUGUCCUGAGAUGGGAAUAGGGCAGCGAGAAAGUGAGGGAAGGGUGAGAAGCACAGUAGAGAUUAUUUAUUUAAGAAAGAAUAGAACAUUACUAUUGUAGAAAGGAUCCGGUGCGUUGUCAUAAUCCCAUGAGGAUUUUGGGAUGACACAAUCCCCUCAAAUCAGUCACCAUGUUGGGUAAUGACUUCGUUCUUGUUGAUCUCGUCUAUGUGUCACUGUAAAUAUUUGUGCGUCCAUGAUCCAUUUUGGCUACUGGAUGGCCAAGUCACAUGAAAAGAUUUAAAUCAAGUAUUUAUUCUUUAAGUGUAUCAUGCAGAUUUCUUUCAGGCUUGUGAAUUGCACCCCAAUGUUGAGUUUAACCACCUAAUUCUCAGAUCUACCCCUCCCCUGUGAAGCACAUUCCAUUGCUAAAAGAAAAAGAAAUUUAAAAUUGCUUCCCAUUGUCUGUAUAACUGUUUUGAUAGUUUGAGAUGUUUGUCUAUAAAGGAUAUUUCUCAGUUCAACGAUCAUGUAAAUAAUUAUAUUUCUUUGAUCAAUGGGUUGUUUAUUUCUAGUAAGGCUGCCAGUUCUCAGAGAGAUUCUCUAAAGUCACUUUUAAAUAACAAACUGAAAUUGCAAGCUAUGUAAAAACAAAUGUGCUUACGGACAAAGACUGGGAACACAAAUUAUUGAAAUCAGUUGUUAGAGUGGUGGCAUUAUUUGGAGUUUUUCUUUCUGAAUUUACUUUAAUAUUGUUACAAUGUUACUUUGUAAUGAGUAAACAACAGAAAGGGAACUGUAGAAACAUAGAAAAGAUGCCAGAAGCAGAUGCCUUCUGGCAAGAGCCCAGAGCAUGCAGGGCACAGUUAUUUGCUACUUAAAAUUACUCCAUAGGCUUUAUACUUGCCUGGACGCUGAGGUUUGCACACUCUCAGGUAUGGCACAUGCUUUUUUAGGAGACUAUUAUCUAAGUCCAAGCUCAGAAGAUGUCACUACUAGAACUCCAGACACAUUCUUCUGCUGUAAAACAGGCAGCCAUGACUUUGGAAUGACAUUGAGGUAUCCAUUCUGGUUGCUUUAGAUUGAAUGGGUGACCAUUUGAUUGGUCCCUUUAACAAUAUUUCUUUCAGGUGCCACCUUUCUGGGUUGUUUAAACAGAUUUUCCAGUUCAACUUUAGAGAAAUAAAAAGAUAAAAUACCUAGCUCCCACCAGUUCCUUGUGCAACAAGAUUUUAUAACAUUCAGAAUGGAUUUCUACUAAUGACAUAUUGGCAGAUCCCACUGAUUUCAAUAUAAACUAUGACAUAAUUAAAAUCUAUCUCUGAAAAUCAUUAAGGCAAACAUAUAUGAUUGUCUCUGCCAACAUUCCAUUCCAGUCCUGUUUGUUUUGGCUUGGGAUGGUCUUCUUGUGCUUUGGUACUACAGAAUUAUAGGUUGUGUACAGUGAUUGUGGUUUUUAAGAGAAAGGGAGACCAGCCACCAAAAGAGAGGAAUUUCCUUCUAAAUCGCCAAAUAAAUUUUGGGGGAGGACUUUAAUCAUGAGGUGGUGGCCUCAUGUAUGUUAUUCCGUGUCAAUAAAAGCAUCCCUAUGCCUAGAAAACUCAGAUUUCUCAUUAGCCAUUCUCAAUGUAAAAGUAUGGAAGCCUUAACCCUUCCAUUCCCAGGUUGAAUCUUGUGAUCCUUUUCUGAGCUAUUUGCAGUUAAUUUUCAGUUAAGCAAAUGUAUGGCCUGUAGUAUAAACUAAGCAUCUCGCAGUCUUGGAGCAAGAUGACUGAAAUUCAGCAUCAAUAAACUUAACAGUGGAAUGGGCCUGGGGUUUUUGAAUGACUUUAACACAAAAUUAUGGACAUAUAUUUGCAUGUGGAUUUGGGAAGGAAAUUAAUGAGGCCUUGGAAAUAAUGGAAAUGUUUUUCUUAUGAAAGAAUUUUUUAUAAAAGAUUUAUUUCUACUAUAAUUUUCUGUUGGCUAACUAUUAUCUUAUCACUCCAUUUCUUAUCCACACUCCUUAGUAAAGAAGUAUUUCUAACAUAGCUUCUCAUGCAUUGGGAAUGUCUGUUUAUUAUGAACCAGUAUCUCUCUGAAUCUGCAAGUGUGGGAACCUCUUAUGUGCACACAUCUGGCUAUAUUAGACAACUCGUAGCAUUUACUGCCACUUAAUUUGGUUAAACAUGCAAAACUAACUUACAGAAUCUGAUUAGUACAAUUAGAAUUUCCUUUAGAAACUUCCAUCUGCUUAAUGCUUUUCUGUGAUAUCAACAUUAAAGCAGGCACCAUGUUCACCUGAUUCAGUACCUAAGAAGAUUUGACAACAAUACCAGAGAAUGUGUAAGAUGUGGAUGUAAUCCUUGUCUAAGAGGGACACCUGGAUUCUAAUAUGGGCAACGCUGGGCAAAUCACUUAACCUUGCCAUGUCUAUUUCUUCAUCUAUUUCUUCAUCUACAAAAAAAAGGGUGUUGGACUAACUGCUCUCCAAGAUCUUUCCAAAAUCUCUAACAUUAUGUGGUAUAAUAGGUUGCCUUGCAAAUUCAGUCUGCUAAAGUGAUAGCAAAUAUCACAUGAUUAACCCUGUGUCUCUUAUGCUGCUAUUAAAUGAACUAUGUAAGAUGGGAAAACUCAAGUAAAUGAAGUGAGCAGCACUAGGGAAUGUUGAUAAAACUUAUGGCAACCUUUCAAUUUAUUCACAGUUGUUUUGUUUUGUUUUGUUUUUGUUUUAAUAUCUUUUUUCUGCUGAGUGUUCCCAGUUUUCAUUUACCAUGAAUUCUGUAUGUAAUGUCUGGUUUUCAUUAAGCUGUGGCCAGUAUUUGCUACUAUAACAUAAAUGCACUUGUCACAUUUGCUAGAAUAGAACUGUAUUUGAACCUCUCCUUUCCUAUGAAACAGUGCUGGGUCUUAGAGAGUUAAAGCAUAAAUGGCACAUGAUGGCAGAACCCAUGCAUUUUAAUGGCCAAGACAACAAAGACUGGACUCUAUGUGGUCAUCAGUUGCAGAGAAAGAAAUGAAAAAACAGUAAUUGCAUGCUUUUAACAUUAAGAAGUGUUGACAAAUUGCUUGCUGAGAAUCAAAGGUAACAUUUCUCAUGACGACUCUCACAGUGAUUGGCUAAUUAUAUGAGUAGAUGUUGCAAAGAAGGUAAACUAUAAGUUAGUUGAUAGAUGGUCCAAACUACCUGCCUACAGCAGAGUGCCAACCAGCCCUGAAUGUAGAGUCCAAUGUGUGUGCUUGUGUAUGGUGUGCUUUAUGGACCCGCAUAUACUAUAUUCAUUGUAAGAUCUUUCACCAUUAAUGGGUUGAGUUUUAAAUCUCAAUACAUCAGCCAGUAGGAGCAAGAUAGCAAGGGUACUUUUGUCUACUGAGAUUGUACUCAUAACAUCCAGAUAAAAUAAGUUGAGGAGGAUCUACAUUUUCACUGUUUAUCGGAGUUGCAUCUCAUUUGGCUGUGCAUUACUUUUGUCAAAAUGUGUUCUCUGUAAACCCAUGUGUAGUGAAAUUCUUCUGUAACUUUGGAUUAAAGGUAUUUAUGGUCUUUUGUUUGUUUGAUUUUUAAGUAAGUUAUUUCUUUUGUAAACAUGCUGGUGGUAUGAUUCCAUUCAUAUGACCUCAGCAUCCAAUCUUUUUAAGUUUUUUUUUGAUAUUCUUAUUUUAAAUUGUGGUUGAAGCAAUAGAAAUUUGAAAUAUGGAUUGUGCAUGACUGUGUCUUGAGUGUAAAAAAAUAUUGCAGUUUGAAACUUGGACCUAAAGUAUUGCAAAUAAAAAUGACAAACAUCA